GCGGGGCUGGAGGGCUCUGCACGGCGGACUUCCAAGUUGCCCCGGCACAGCAGGAGGUCGGGAGUUUUGAGCCCCCUGAGGGCGGUACCCCGGAGGUCCCAAGUCCCCACGAGAAGCCGGGUGCACAGGACCGCGUGGCGCGCUCGAAGCGCACCGAGCCGAGCAGAAGCAAAAGAUAAACCCUGAUGGGCCCGGGGACUGGCUGGCUGGGGCGCAGAGUCAGCGCGGACCGGGAGCGCCUUUCGUUUUAAGGAGCCUUACUUCUGGGAAGGGACAGGGAACUGUCAAUCAGCGAGGGAGGGAGCGCACCGGCGCUGGGUGAUGUCAGCGGAUCAUCUGCUCGAUAACAAAGAGGGGGUAUUACAGGAGAAAGUUGCGGCGGCGGCGGCGGCCACGGCGGCACCCCGGAGCCUCGGAGACGAGGGGCCAGCGGGCGAAGGGAGGAGCGGGGGGACGGCUGCUGCCGCAGCAGCUUAAGACCAAGGAAUUGAAAGGGCUGUAGGGGGAGGCAGUGCGAACCAGCCCCGACUGCCCCUCCUCUUCCUCCUCCUCCUCCAAACUCGCAGGGUUCAGCCCCAGCGCUCGCUCAGCCGCCGGGAGCACCCGGACGGACGGGAGGCAGCCGCGCGGCCCCGAGCUGGGCACGGUCCCCAGCCGCCAUGGAUAGCGACGACGAGAUGGUGGAGGAGGCGGUGGAAGGGCACCUGGAUGAUGAUGGAUUACCACACGGCUUCUGCACGGUCACCUACUCCUCCACGGACAGAUUUGAGGGGAACUUUGUUCACGGAGAAAAAAACGGACGGGGCAAGUUCUUCUUCUUUGAUGGCAGCACCCUGGAAGGGUAUUAUGUGGACGAUGCCCUGCAGGGCCAGGGAGUGUACACUUACGAGGACGGGGGCGUUCUCCAGGGCACAUAUGUAGACGGAGAGCUGAAUGGGCCCGCCCAGGAGUAUGACACGGAUGGGAGAUUGAUCUUCAAGGGGCAGUACAAGGAUAACAUUCGGCAUGGAGUCUGCUGGAUAUACUACCCAGAUGGAGGCAGCCUUGUGGGAGAAGUAAAUGAAGAUGGGGAGCUGACUGGAGAGAAGAUAGCCUAUGUGUACCCUGAUGAGAGGACAGCACUUUAUGGAAAAUUCAUUGAUGGAGAGAUGAUAGAGGGAAAACUGGCUACCCUUAUGUCCACUGAAGAAGGAAGGCCUCACUUUGAGUUGAUGCCGGGAAGUUCGGUGUACCACUUUGAUAAAUCGACAUCAUCUUGCAUUUCUACCAGUGUUCUUCUUCCAGAUCCAUAUGAAUCAGAGAGGGUUUAUGUUGCUGAAUCUCUCAUUUCCAGUGCUGGAGAAGGACUAUUUUCAAAGGUAGCGGUGGGACCUAAUACUGUUAUGUCUUUUUAUAAUGGAGUCCGGAUUACACACCAAGAGGUUGACAGCAGGGACUGGGCUCUUAAUGGGAAUACCCUCUCCCUCGAUGAAGAAACGGUCAUUGAUGUGCCUGAGCCCUACAACCAUGUGUCCAAGUACUGUGCCUCCUUGGGACACAAGGCGAAUCACUCCUUCACUCCAAACUGCAUCUACGAUAUGUUUGUCCACCCCCGUUUCGGGCCCAUCAAAUGCAUCCGCACACUCCGAGCCGUGGAGGCUGAUGAGGAGCUCACCGUGGCCUACGGCUACGACCACAGCCCCCCAGGGAAGAGCGGGCCUGAAGCCCCGGAGUGGUACCAGGUGGAGCUGAAGGCCUUCCAGGCCACCCAGCAGAAGUGAAAGGCUCGGCCCUGGGCUUCCGAGACCUGGAACAGAAACUUGGAUCUAUGCACUACGUUUUCCGACAACGGGACAACCAGGGACUGCUCACGCUGUGACGUCACAUCCUCUCACUCCACGUUAGCAACGACUUUCUCGCAUACUAACUAGGUUUGACUGUAUUACUCAUACCAGAUUUAAAAUUAGCUAGCCUUGCAACAACGUCCUACUGAGAGGUAUUGUCGAACACUUGACACAGACAGCGUGAUGUUCUUGGGUGGUUCAAGUCUAAAUCUGUACCACACUCAGAGAUGCCAAAUGAUUAGACUGAAAAA